CCCUAGAGCUUGAAACAAUGUGACAUGCGAAAUUGGAACUGGUGUGUCGUGUCAGAACUUAAAGAUCACAUACGAAUCAAUUAUGUGCAGGAUAAAACACAUUCUAAACAGAUGAGAUUGUUAAAGCUGAAGUUGGACUGCUAAGGGCCAGGUCAGACCGAGGCAGACGGGAACCGGGAGACCAGAGUCAAGGCAUCGGUGAAAAACUGGGACAGAGAAAGGGCUCCUUUUAAGGAGGGGACCAUUUUGAGGGAGGAGGUCAGCAUUGGGGAAGUUGUUGAAGCCGUGGGCUAGCACAGCACCAGGAUAGUUCUGAGUGACGAGCACAUGGAAGGGGAUCCCCAAGAUCAAGAGGAGGAUUCUUCCCCUCAGUCCUCUGUGCUAUGGGAGAAGUGUAUCCAGCAGAGUAUCUUUGUGGACCUGAGUGAGGAUGAGAGUCUCCACUUCAGUGACCUGGAGGGCUCCUUCACGGUGCAUCUCUCCCAGGCAGAGUCGGCUAUCUCAGGGAACAGCAUUCAUCUCAGUGAGAACUUAGAGCUGUCAGUGUCUGACUCUGGGGAGUCCUCCACAGAGAGCAGUAGCUGUGUCAGUGGCCAGAGUGAGAGAGUGGUGGAGGGUAAGACCAAGAGCAGUGGGAAGUGGGUGUCUGCCCAGAGACCCAACACUGAGCUGGAGCAGACCAUCUGGGAGACACCUCCGAUGAAGACCAUCGCAGGAGACACCUCCGAUGAAGAACAGGAGGACCUUCCACAUGACGGGGACCUAGGAAGCCAGUACAUUAAGCCCUCAACCAAUGACAGUCACAAGUCUGAGGAGAAUUGCAAAAUAGCUGAUGUUCUAUCAAAAGACCAAGCUGGAGCAUUGGAUUCAAGACACAAUGUUAGAGAUCAUUUUGAUUUGCCAGCAAUGGUUGGAGAGGUCAGUAUCAUACAAGGUCACAUGCAAAUUGAAGUCAACACUAUAAACCAUGUAUCUAUAACUCCACCCGAGGGAGAGGGUAAAGGAGCUUUUUUUGACUCUACAAAACCAGAGGCUGUUCCCACAUGCAGUAGUCCUGUCCGUAAAGUCCCACACCCAGACAUCACCCAGCUGCUGCUCCGUCACUUUUCCCAGGAUGAGCUGUUCUGCUCAGGCAGUCUGAUCGAGGCAGAGACCCUGCCGGAGGUGUCCCUUCUGGAGAGCAUGGACGAGACAGUGCUGAGCAGGGGCCCAUUGCACAGGAGCACAGGGAGCCCCAAUAAUAAUAAUAAUAAUGGAGGAGCUCCACGACGCAGCAGCGCAGGGGGACCCAGCAGCGAGAGUGAGAAGAGUCAGAGCCUACAGGAAGAAGAUGAAGGGAAAAGUGUUCAAAUGAGUCCAAGAAAAAACCUGGAGGAGAAAAAUGGAAGAAGGACUGCCUCAGAGGGAAAGAACACACGGAGUGCUGAGUCUUACAGCAGUGACGUCAACUCUCCUCAAAAUAGUGGCAUAUCAACCAGUAAAAGGGAAGUCCCUGAACAGGACAGUAAUGGUAGCAAUGGUUCAGACCUAACCAAAGAGGAAGAUGAGAAUGAUGAAGAUGAGGAAGACCAAAUCUGUAGAGGUCCCCUGGUCAGAACCAGGUCUUUCAGCGAAUUAAAGUAUGGACAGGGCCAAGUCCACUACCCACUCCCUGACUUCUCCAAGGUGGCUCCCAAAGUGAAAAUCCCGAAGAGUACCAGUGUUCCGGUGAGACCUGUCAGCCAGUCUCCCAGCUUCCUCAGAGCUCAGUCCUCGCCAGGCAUGCUGGGUAAGUCCUCUGCUUUGGAGGUGAUCCACAGAGUGAUGGAGGACUCUAUUCAGCCCUCAGAGAGACCCUAUGUGUUUCGAGACCAGGACAAGCAGACAGAAACCUCCCCAGGACUGGUGCGUCACCUACAGGCUGAAUACGAUAAACUAAUGACUAAGUAUGCAGAGGCUGAGAACCUCCUUGAUCAGAUGAGACUGGGGACAAAAAAUCAAGCGCCCUCUGACCUUACCCUGGAGUUUGACUGUGGUGACCAACAAGACCUUCCGGGUCCUGGUGGAAGCCAUUUUGGAUCUAUGCUCUUCUCCAACCCCCCGUCUCCUACAGGACAAUUUACUGAUGGCCCAAACCAACAAAACCACUCUAAACAGCCUAGCACUUCUCCGACCCAGACUGACCAACAGAGUGAAGGGGAAAGGAUGACCAGGGAGUUGAGAGAUGUUAUCAGUCAGUUUUUGCAGAAGGUGGAUGAAUUCAAAACGUGUCUGACCACAAUGUCAAUUGCUAUUGAAGAGCAAGAAAUGGUGUUUAAAAGUAUGAUGGAUUCCCAGGACCAGCUGGAGAGGCGGUACAUCAGUAAGAAGGAGGAGCACAGAACUCUGGAGAUGCAGAACUACUUUGGCCUGGCCAGGAACACAGGCCAGUUCGACCCCGAAAGGCAGGUGGAGGGGGAGAUAUUCAGGAUAGGGAUGCAUCUAGAGGACAUUAAAGAACUGAUUGACAGGAACGUGCGUGAGCAGCAGCUCUCCCCACCCCACUCAUCCUCCACACUCCUGUCACUGUGUGGGGGUCCCAGUCUCCCUGGUCUGCUCACCCCCUCACUUCCACCACCCAUGCAUGAGGGUCUCACAUUACAGAUUCCAGGCCCCUGUUUUAACACUGGGGGUUAUGAGACAGUGGAGAGGGAGGAAGAUGAGGAGGAAGAGGCCAGUGAGGUCCAUGGACAUGAUGGUUUAGACCAGAGCUGUGAUCUCACACCUGCUGACCCCCAACUGAACAGCACAGGACACAGCAGUGGCAGUCUACGGCUCUCACAGGGCUCCCUGGAGACAGUGGACAUCACCAACACGGAGGAAGAGGAGAGGAGCUGGACCUGCUCGGGCCUAUCUGAGCAGAUAGCUCGUGAUAGGGUUCUGCAGUAUUUGGCUCUCCAGAACCCGGGAUUUCAAGACAGACUUUUGACAACUGAAAGCCUGCAGCAGAGUCCCCUGAGCCCAGACUGUGACCUGGGGGGGAGUGUGAGUCUGGCUGUAGAGGUUUCCUGCUCCUCUUGUCUGAAGAGCCAGUCCCAGAGCAUCACAGACCACACUCUCACCACUUCCCAGAGAAUAGUGAGUCCAGAGACAGACAGUGGGUUAGGGAGCUCUGACUUGAGUCUCCAAGCCACAGGACUUCCUCAACCAAAACUCCAUACAGAAAGGCUCCAGCUCCAGCCUGAUGGGAAUUCCAAUCCUAUCAGUAUGAGUGACAGCGAAGGCUCCUGCACCAACCUGCAGACCACUAUGCAUCAGCCUGUACAGGUGGGAGACAGGAGACCCAACCCGCUGAGAAAUGUCCAUUCAGCUGGGCUGACCGGAAAAGCGACACCUAGCCUGCAGUCUACUGUCCAUCUGACUAGGGAUAUUGGAGAGAGGAGACCCAGCCUACAGACACCUGCUGAGCUGCAGCUUUGCACCACUGCGGUGGACCACUGUGUGACCAGCACUACUCAGAGUGUACCUGCCAGACUGCAUGAGGGUGAAUCCCACACUACCAGUCAGCUCAGUCAUCACGGCCCUGACUGCCCAUUCAAAACCUCCCAUAGCAUCACCAUGGAUAUGCCACAGAGAGACUGCCACUCCCACACCUGUUCCUGUCACAGUUCGGCCAUCCAGGCCCUGCAGUCGGAGGUGUCCCAGCUGAAGAGAGACCUGAAGGAGGGUCUGGUCCAGCUGCCACACCUCUCCCAGAGGAUGGAUUACCUGACCUCCAGAUGCAGGCAGAACAGAGACAGAAGACCCAAGACCCGGCCCAGAACACACCACAAACCAGCAGGGAGCAGACAGAGUCUGACCAACACCAACUCCAAGAUAGAAGACUGGAUCUCCUCAGAUAUUUACCCCAGCAAGAGCAAAGCCUGUUAG